AUGGUCGACGCGGGGGCGCUUGCGGCGAGUGUGCAGGCGCAGCUGCCUGGCCAUUUUCAGGACGCGCAGCACUCUCUUGCGAACCACCGCAAGAAUGCGGUGGGAUUGUACAGACUGCACGCACAGUGUGCACAGCUCACCGAGCAGACGCCGCGCGGGACGCGUCUCGUGGGCGAAAAAGCGUUCAACGAAGGCUUCUUUCGGUGUGUGAACCGCGCGCUGGAGGUCAAGAAAGGCGUUGCGGCUGCGGACCGCGUGUGCAAGUUUGUUGCGACGUAUGCGUCCUAUGCGAUCGAGCAGUUUGCCAAGAGCGCAUCGGCCGCUGGCCGCAGCCCCGACGACACGCCCGGCACGCGUUUCACGGCGAUCCUGCUCAAGCAUCUCCUGAAAGGAUUCAAGGCAAAGGACAAGAAUGUGCGCUUGCGGUGCUGCAGCUGCGUCGCGCUGCUCAUGAAUGUCGUCGAGAGCAUCGACGACGAACUAUACGACGCGCUCUCGAGCUUUUUGCUAGAGCGUAUUACCGACCGCGAGAGCGCUGUGCGCGUACAGGCGGCUGUUGCACUCGCGCGCCUCCAAGGCGGCGACGAGGAGUCGGACACGAGUGUCACGCGCCUCCUCUUGCACCUGCUCCGCCACGACCCCAGCGCCGAAGUGCGGCGCGCGGCGCUUUUCAACAUUGCGCCGAGCGCUGCGACGCUCCCGUAUAUCCUCGAGCGUUUGCAGGACGUCGAUGCGACGAAUCGGCGGUGCGUCUACCUCGGCUCGCUCAAGAUGCUGUGCGACGCCGAAGACAGCGUCGGCGUCGGCCUCAGCGAGAACGCCACUGCGGAAGUCGUGCGCAUCGGCCUGCACGAGCGCGACGAGAGCGUGCAGAAAGCUGCGCGCAAGCUCAUGCGCCGCUGGCUCGAGGCGAUGGACGGCGACCUUGUCGCGCUGCUGAGCCACCUGCACGUUGCGAGGACCGAGAGCGGCGAGCCGGUCACGAUGGCGCUCCUCGAGGAGGACGGGGACGUGGUGCAGUCUGUCGCGCGCCUCCUCGCUGACCAGGACACGUACUGGGCGUCGGUCACACCGGAAUCCGCCUUGCUGGCCCGCUGCUUUAUCCUCUUUUGCCAGCACAACCAGCGCGAGAGUUUGCUCGAGGCGUCCUUGCCGCUCGUCACCGCGCUCGUCUACCGCAUCGAGGCCGAGUACGAGGCGCUGAACCUCUUGCUCGAGCAGCAAGCGAUCGAGGAGGACGAAGAGGAGAUGCCGGCGAUCCAGGACGACUCGUCGCUCGCGCGCAUCUUUGUCGUGAACGAGAUGCUGGCGCUGGCGAUGCACUGCGACUACGGCGACGAGCUGGGGCGCCGCAAGAUGUUUAUGCUUGUACGCGAAAUGCUGUCGAACGCAUGGCUUCCGUCAGCGCUCAUUCCACGGUGCCUCGACGUGCUGCUGCGCCUCUCGAGCGGCCAGCGCGACUUUGUGCAGAUGGUCGUCGAGCUCGUCCAGGAGCUGGAUGCGGACCUGGCCGAAGAGGACGGCGAAGAGUCCGUGCAGCAGGCUUUGUCGUGGCAUGCACGCAUCGAGAACGACCCCGAAGCGGCCGCACACCGCGCUGCGCUUGACGCACGCCGCCUGCUCAUCGUGCGCACGAUGCUCGAGCGCGUCUCGUGCGCGCUGCAGGACAACUCGGCGUUCCACGGGCUGAUUCCCCAGCUGAUCGUACCGGCGGUGCGCAGCAAGGAUGCGAUCGUACGCGAAGAGGGCCUCGUGUGCCUCGGCCUCUGCUCGCUCCUCGACGAAAAGAUGGCACUCGAUACCUUUCCGCUGCUCCUCGAUCAGAUCCAGCGCGGAUCCGGCACAAUCCAGGUGCGGUGUGUGCAGUGUCUCUUUGACCUGGUCGUUGUGCACGGCGUGACGGCACUGUGCGCACGCAGCGCCGAAGUCGCGGCCAAGGCCGAGUUUGACGGCGACGAGGAGCAGGGCAUGCUCUUUGCGCAGCAGCAAAUGGUCGGCUUCCUCCUCUCGCUCCUCGAGCACGAUGAGCCAGAGGUGCAGACGGCUGCGUGCGAGGGGGUGUCCAAGCUCCUGCUUACCGGCGCACUCAUGGACGACGACGUGCUCAAGAGCCUCGUGCUCACGUACUAUUCGCCCGAUACCGCGUCGAACCAGCCGCUGCGGCAGUGCCUCAGCUACUUCCUGCCACUCUACUGCUCGUCGCACGCCAAGCACCAGCGCAUGAUCCAGCGCAUCUUUAUGGACGUCUGGGACCUCCUUACGCAGGUCUAUGCGGAAACCGAGGCGCAGCAGGGCAUGAUCGCCCCGGCGCAAAUCGCACUCCAGCUCGCAGACUGGAGCAAUCCCGAGAAGCUUUUGCUUUCGACGCCGGACGAGACCGUGCACGCGGACCUACUGCAUACGAUCCUCGAGCGUUUGUGCACGAUGGACAAGGGCGAUGAACGCAAGGCACUUGCAUCGCUCCUCGGCAAAAUGUUUUUGCCGGAUACGCUCGACGAGCGCCGCGCCAAGGGACUUGCUAUCCUCGCCAUGACCCUGCGGCAGCGCGCCGACGAAGCGACACUGCGUACGGCGUGUACACGUCUCGAGGCACUCCUCGAGAAAAAGUACGCGGCGCAGUUUGCGACAUGGGCGCCGGCGCUCGCAAACGCAGAUGGGACACUGGCAUCGGCUCCGUUUGCGGACCUCUCAGAAUUCCUCACGGCGCUCCCCAAGGUGACCAUCGCACCACCCAAGCCUAAGCCGCGUGCACGCGCACGAAGAGAGACUGAUCAAUCCGAAGAAGAGGCGCAAGACUCCAGUUCCGAGGACGAGAUCUAG